UUGGAGGACAGUCAGACAGUCACAGGUGAACCACGGCAUCACUUCAUCCGAUACAACCAAUAUAAUAGCAAACUAUACCACCCCGGCUCUCAGGCUUCGGCAUUAGAUGCUACAUAUGAAUAUAUUUUGGUGAGAGCGACAGACUGACCCACAACAUGUCAGCAUUAAAACAUCACAUGUCACUUCCUGUGUCGGUUGGCGUCCUGUUGGUGGGUGUCCCAUACUCCAUCUCUCUUGCUGCCCAGUGGCUUUAUGGCUGGCCCAACAAACCUGGAUAUAAUAAGUACAUAGAAGCCCUAAAGCCAAGGCGAAUAUACUGUUUGACCAGGGCUGUGCUGGAAACUCUCAAAUAUCUGCAAUAUGGGAGACUUUACUUUCAGUGGAAGUCAUGGUACAAGAAUGACGAAAAUCGUAAGCAUUAUGAAAAGGGGAUCACGUUUGGCCGCAGAAGCAACAAGCUGGACUUGUACCACCCUCCAAACGCAGACAGGUCUAAAGAUGUGGCAGCACCGCUGGUGGUUUUCAUCUACGGAGGUGCAUGGGGGUCCGGAGAUCGAUCCAUUUACUGUUUGCUGGCGAGGCGGAUGGCUGAAGAACUGAGUGCAACUGUCAUUUGUCCUGAUUACUGCACCUAUCCAAAGACGAACGUUUUAGGGAUGGUGCAAGAUAUUGCUGACUGCCUGGUUUGGGCCCAAGAGAGUGGACAGAAGUUCAACUUUGACAAAGACAACAUAGUAUUAAUUGGCCAUUCAGCGGGUGCACAUUUGUGUGCACUGACCACACUGUUUCUCAUUGAUGCAAGAGAGGAGCUUUUCAUGGAGGCCAGCAAGCAGAGGGACAUUACACUGGCAAUAAGAGGAAUUAUUGGUCUCAGUGGUGUGUACAACAUCAUGGAUCAUUAUGAGCACGAGCAGAGGCGAGCCAUCGAAUAUGUCUCCACCAUGCAUAAAGCCAUGAAUGGAGUGGAGAACUUCCCGUACUACUCACCAACACACUUACUGAACAAGCUGAGUCAGGACAAACUGAACAGAGUGCCUCCCUUCGCGUUGCUCCAUGGGACCAAUGACAUCAUAGUUCCUGCUGAAUCAUCCACAAAGUUCUCUGAUCUCCUCACCUCGCUGUCCAUCAAGGUGUCGCUCUACCUGCUGCCCAGAGUCGACCACACUGAGAUGGUCACUGACCUCAUGGCGUCAGACAGGUGCUUCUACCAUCCCAUCUACAGCUGCGUCAAGCAGGAGUAUAAAAAACUUUUGGGAACCUGCUGACGGCCGGUCACAUCAUCAGAAAAACAUCCGUUCAUCACUAAUAUUUUACUGACUGUGCCAUACACUUACAUUAUCAGUUUACAGUAUCUGCUUUAAUACCUCAAAAUGAUUCCUAUUAAGCCUUGAUUUUAAAUUGAUUGUGAUUCCAUAAUGAUGAUUUACAUACAGAUUGUAAUUGAGUUAAUCCAGUUGUUGCAUUUGAUUGAUGAUUGAUCUACAUUCCUGAAACAAGGGCUGCAAUCUUGAUAAUGUCAUUCUGAUAUUGUUUUUACGAGACGUUAUCCAGUUUAUCCAGUAAAAUGAAAUACGUUAACUUGACAUGAAAUCAAUGAAGCAAUAACAGUAUAAUAAAAACACAGUAAAGCACACUAACAUUAAUGAAAUAGGAGUCCAGUAACAUUUUAUACCUCGGUUUUCAGACAACUAUGUGACAUUUUGAUUUAUUAACCUGCAUGUUUUUAUCGAUUGAAACUUUUUUCUUGAUUUAAUGUAAUAUCUUUUCUUGAACAACUAUUUAUUGAUCUCAGACACAUUAAACUCACAUGAAGGAAUUGAUGGAGAUUUUUUCGUUGUCUUGUCUUUAUUUAUCUAUAAACUACAGCUACAAAUCUCACAAUGUGAUAUUAUAACGUAUUUUUUGCCAAGCAGCUGCAAAUAGUUUAAA